AUGGUCCGUCUCAUCACCGCUUGCGACUCCUAUAAGAGCGACUUCAACAAUGACCAAUACAACAGCGCAGAAGGCAACACUGUCAGUCCCUUCGCAAGGGUAAUUCAGCUAUCCAAGGCUCUGAACCAGAACAGCAUCACAGCACUCGCCCACCCUGCACUGACCGUCACUCAAUUCCUCCAAGUUGUCUCGAGCAUGGCUUGCAAAAUGCGCUACGGCAACAAAGACGAGGACAUCUUUGAUGAUGAUGAAAAAGACUACGAUAGUAUCCUUGAGCCAGGUCCUUUAGUUCGAGGCCAUUCUGGUCUCCGCGGCUUGUACUUGCGCCAGAGGAAGCCACUGGACCCCGCGUGCGACAACGGAGAUGUCACUGGCCCAAUGGUCACCCCACAAACCCCGACGCAAAGCAAGUUCAAGCAGACAAUGAGGAGAAUGAAGGACUUUGGUUCAAGAAUAUCUCAAUGCUAA